AUGCUUCCUCGAUUACUGCGGUGUGCUUGCACACCCUCGACUCUAAGAACCGCCACACAACUCGGUGCUAGCACCGCAACCAGACUACAGACCAGGAACUUUGCUACAUCAUGGCAGAGGAGGAAUCUCUACGCAGACGACGAGCUCAUGUCGCGGCUGCCAGACGUCGAUCCCUCCAAGCUCACCGUCACCGAGACCAUCACACCCAAACAACUCGUCCCUAAUCAGGACCUCGUCUUUGGGCGCACAUUCACAGGCAUGUCCACCGCCGAUCACCCCAUACCAUGCCCUGAGGCCAACCACUAA